UUAAAACACAGUGUCUCUGAAGUCUGGUUCCUUCUGUUUCUGGCAUGUAAUUAAACUACUCUCAGAGACGCUAGGCAUUGUCCUUGACAAAUCUUUAUUCAGGCUCUGUUUUCAUCCUUAGAAUGUGUUGGUUCUCCCACUUCCACCGAACUAAAAUGUCACCAUAGUCUUCACCUGUUGAACAAGAUGUGAGCUUGGGGACAAUGACCUCAUCUCUGUUUCACCUGCUGCCAUCACGAGUGUACCCUAUGUGAGGGCAGUCACAUGGAAGUCCUUAUCUGGGCCUCGGUUGAUAGGAACUCUUCCUGAAGCAGGAGCAGAGCCUCUAAACUUCAAUGCAGCCUGCUGUUAGACAUGAGACACCCAGUGCUGGGACACCGCAGUGUGAUUAUGAAAGUCUCGCUUUGCUGCUCUGCAUCUGGCUCUGGAUUCCUGGCUCAAAUAAGGCAACCACUGCCUUCCUCCUCCUCAUCUAGAACUCAGUUCACAUCUCAGCACCUCAGAGAGACCUCUCUUGAUGAACCUCUCCACCACUGAAAAAAUGUGGAUCUCCUUGUGCGUUGGAUUCCUGGGGCUGUGUUCCUCGCUAGUAGGCAGCUGCAUACUCUUUCUGCAUUGGAAGAAGAACUUGCAGAGAGAAGAACACGCCCAGCAGUGGGUGGAAGUGAUGAGAGCUGCCAUGUUCACCUACAGCCCACUGUUGUACUGGAUAAACAAGCGGCGUCACCAUGGCAUGAACACAGCCAUUAAUACUGGCCCUCCCUUUGCUGGCACCAAGACCGAGACCGAAGUUCAGAAUUCAGAUUCUUUAUGGGAGCUGGAGAUCUCUGAAGGUGGGAACUGUAUUGUGCAAGACAGCAGUCCUAGAGGUGAAGCCGCUGGUCCCUUGCAACAUGCUUUGGUGGUUCCAAAGCAGCCCCAGCCUUCAACAAUGCCACAGCCUCGGACUGACUCCCCAAUCCCAUUACCCAUUUUUCAAGAGGUGCCCUUUGCCCUGCCCCUCCACAACCUGCCUCCCAUGCUGAACCACUCUGUCUCCUACCCUUUGACCAACUACCCUGAGAAGAAAGUUCAUUUCUGUUCCCUCCCCAUACUGGCCCAUGGAACAAACUGUUUUAAUGCCAAGCCCUUUGCUUCAGAACUGUAGUCUCUUCUCAUUGAGGGUGGGAGCUGCAGGUACCAAAGGCUCCUUUUUGGUAGAAAGCAGAAAUAACCUCAAGGAGUUGGUAUUGGCAAAGAGGUUAG